AUGAGCGACCUCUCCACACCCACACCCCAGAGCGGUCCAUCGCCAGCCAAACCGCGACCGAAAUGCACGCUGCCCUCUGAGAAGGUCUUCUCGAUUCAGAUUGGAACCGAGCUUUUCCGUCUCUCGGGAGCGUCGAUAGCCUCCGAUGCCCCGUCCUAUUUCUCUCAAUUCUUCGAGGAGCAGAUACGACAGACCGGCGACGUCUCGAGUAUCCGAACCCUAUACAUUGAUCGGGAUCCGGCCACGUUCAAAGCGAUUGCAAGGCAUCUACAAGGCUAUCACAUUCGGCCCAAGGACGGCGCGGAAUUCGUGCAAUUCUUCGCUGAUGCCCAGUUCUACAGCUUACCCCGUCUCAUCUCUCAGCUCUUCGAAUCCGAGAUCUUCAUUCAAAUCGGCGACCAGGAUUUCCAAAUCCCACGCGAUAUUUUUUCCAGCCCUGGCGACUCCCCCAAUUUCUUCUCUCUAGGUUUCGGCGCCUUUUUCGCCUCACCCUCCGAGAUCUUUCCGGGACUAGAUCGGCACGGCCUCCUGCGUCCCCCAGCCAUUAUCCCUCCCAGCGUGCCCAAUCGGUCGGGCGCCGUCUUUGCACAGCUCCUCCACCUCCUGCGCGGAUAUCCGUUGGACAUAAAGACCGAAACGCAGCGCGCUGAAUUGCUACGCGACUGUCGCUAUUUCCAUCUACGCGGGCUAGAGCAAAAGCUGAUUCCGCAUCAUAUCAGCUUCAAUCCUAUUCGACAACGAUCGGAAAUUGUUGUCCGCCUAGAGGAUGUGCGCCGCUCGGGGGUAAAUGUUGCCAACCAUGGCCCUAGCCCAGCCAGCGGUUGGGUCACAUACUCGCGCCCACACAUCGAUGAAGAGACCUAUGAUUUAAUCGUUGAAAUAGGCGAUGAAACCACCAUCGUCGACCUCGACUCUAUGCAUGUCCAGUUCUUGAACUCGACGAGGGCGCGCUUCACCAGCUUGCUGCAAAUCAUAUCAGGGAAGGUACCUCUUCCAGGUCUGACGGAAGGUCAGUCUGGCUCGCACCGCGUCAAGGUGUGUAUCGAACGAGAUACGGAUCUGAUCCUCGACGGACAAGCCCGCUAUCUGGAGGCGUUUGGGUAUGGGCCUGAUCAGACAGAGGCGUCGCAGCCUGCGACUAAGCGCAGGCGAGUCGAAGAGUCAUCAAACGCGGGUGAAAAGUAUAUUGUCCGGAAUGGACACUGGCGACUACGUUUCCAGCCCGAUGCCACGGGCGAUAAGCUGGAGUUCACCCUGGUAGCGAUGAAAUUAGAUGCAUACACCGAGCAACGGAGUCGAAAUCACUCGCGGGCGUUUCUGGGGUCUUAG